UCAGCUGCUGCACGAGCACGCGCCUGGGCGCGGGAGCGCGGCCCGGGGAGCACCGAGCAAGAUGGAGGCCGCACCGAGGCCGCCGCCUGGGCCCGGGCAGCCGCCGUCCCGAGCGCCCCGCCGCCGCGCCUAGGCCAACCUGCACCUCGGCCCCGCCGCCCAGACCGGCAGCUCGGCCUCGGACCCGGGGCCGGCCCCGCCCCCGGCACCAUCACCAUGCUGCCCUCGCAGGAGGCUUCCAAGCUAUACCACGAGCACUACAUGCGGAACUCGCGGGCCAUCGGCGUGCUCUGGGCCAUCUUCACUAUCUGCUUCGCCAUCAUCAACGUGGUGGUCUUCAUCCAGCCCUACUGGGUGGGCGACAGCGUGAGCACCCCCAAGCCCGGCUACUUCGGCCUCUUCCACUACUGCGUGGGCAGCGGGCUGGCCGGCCGCGAGCUCAUCUGCCGGGGCUCCUUCACCGACUUCAGUACCAUCCCGUCGGGCGCCUUCAAGGCGGCCGCCUUCUUCGUGCUGCUGUCCAUGGUGCUGAUCCUCGGCUGCAUCACCUGCUUCGCGCUCUUCUUCUUCUGCAACACAGCCACAGUCUACAAGAUCUGCGCCUGGAUGCAGCUCCUGGCAGCACUGUGCCUAGUGCUAGGCUGCAUGAUCUUCCCUGAUGGCUGGGACGCCGAGACCAUCCGGGACAUGUGUGGGGCCAAGACGGGCAAGUACUCGCUGGGGGACUGCUCGGUGCGCUGGGCCUACAUCCUGGCCAUCAUCGGCAUCCUCAACGCCCUCAUCCUCUCCUUCCUCGCCUUCGUGCUGGGCAACCGGCAGACGGACCUGCUGCUGCAGGAGGAGCUCAAACAGGAGAACCAAGACUUCGUGGGCACCACAGUGAGCUCUGUGCUGCGGCCAACUGGUGACGUGUCCGGCUGGGGGGUCCUCCCCUGCCCCGUGGCUCACUCCCAGGGACCCUGAAGCCGCCCCCAGGAGCUCACCCGCCAGCCCAUGCAGGUUUCUGCCCUUCCUCCUUCUCCUCCUCCUCCGCUGGGCUGAGGACUCAGCACUCUGCUGCGAGCCCCCAGGCUGUGUGCAGAGCUUGGGGUGCCCCUGGGAGGGGAGCCCGCAGACCUGCCAGGCCUCAGCUGACCCCUCAUGUCCCUCCUGGCUGGGCCAGGCUCUCUGGCCCUGGGUCCCUGCCUCCUGCAGAAACUCACUUCUGACAUGGCGGCCUGGCCGACGGGACCCUCUGCUGCUCCUUUUUGCUGUCUCGGGUGCCUGAUGCCCCCAGCCUGCCCCCCCCUCCCAAGCAACUGACCACAUGACCACAGUGGAACCAGCCUGCCCCAGAGGGGCCAGCAGGGGGCGCCUUGACUCUAGGCCGGACUGCCUCACCAGGGACUGGACCCUUGAACCCGGCCCACUGUUUUGUACAGACUUCUUGGCCUGUGGCCGGGGGCUGGGGGCUGGGGAAGGCACCCCCAGAGUCGGGGCAUAGGGGAAGCAGCACCCCCGGCCCCUGCCCGUGGCCCCUCACCCCGGGCAUCUGCCAAAGGCAGAGACUGUCUUGCCUCUUUGAUACUUUUCUGCGUCACUUGAACUUGCAGGUCACCUUUCAACAGGGUACCCCUGUCCCCAUCCCAGGCCUCUCCCCCUGCCCCCCUGCCCCUCCACCCUUUCCUGGCCCCUCCUCUCACCUUGCCAGACACCUGAGCCUGCAGCAAGGCUCAGGUGUGUACGUGAGUGUGCGUGUGCCUGUGGCCCACGGCCAUCCUUCACCUCCAGCUCCUGGGUCCAGGGCUGCCCAGCCAGAGAGCAGCAUGGGUACAUGGGCCUGGUGGCCUGGGCCCCUCCCUGCCCCCCAACCCAACACCUGGACCUGAGAUCUGGGGCCCAACAUGGAUCCUGAACGCAGCCAGGUGUGGGAGUGCUGACCUGGGAACACCCCCCAAGCCCCUCCACCUCCUCCAGUGCCCACCCCACCACCUGCACUGGGACCCAUGGGGGCCCCAGGCUGAGUGAGGUGGGGAGGCCCAUGGGGGGGGGGGCAAAGUGUGGAACACGUUUUUCAAAGAUCCAGGCCAAAGUCCACUGUUG